CUGGAGAGAGGAAUCAGAGAGAGAGGGGGGAGGAGAGGGGGGGAUAGGUCUCCGAAGUCUUCCUGGUGUUUGGUUCCCGUCGAAGUUAUGUGUUUAUGUCAGUUCCGUAUAAUUCUCUGUGAAACCCCACUUGUCGCAGAUUCUUUUCUUUCCGGUUUCUGGUGGCCGGGGGCUGAUUUGUGACUGGUCGGGAUCUGGGUUGAGUUUUAGGUCUCGAGUCUUUGACUUUCUUUGUGUUUCCUGGCUUUCCUUUCUGUUUCGAGGAUUGGGUGUUGAGACCCAUUCUGGGUUCGGGAGAACUUUUGGUCAGUUUUUGCGUGAAACGUUGUGCUAAAUUGCUUGUUUUCUCUGUCAGAGUGCCGAGAUUUCUUGUUAGAGGUCUUGCAUUGGUUAAAAUCUGUGAUUUUUGGGUUUGAUCUCUGCGUAAACCGAAAGCACUAGUCUUUACGAUCGGCUUCCAUAUUGCCCUUUUUUCUGUUUCAGGAGUCAAGGGUCUGAAACCAAACUUGUUUCGCAUGGGCUAACUCCUUUUGCUGGUAUUGUUUGAACUGUCUGGUCUACUUCCACACAGGAGGCUAUCAUGCAUCUUUCACUAUGGAAGCCCAUUACUCACUGCGCUGCUCUGAUCAUGGACAAAAAGAGCAGACGUAAGGAUGAAUCUACAGUUGAAAUGAGAAGAAGCCGGUCAAUUCUUCGGAAAUUACAGGAGAACAAGCUGAGGGAAGCUCUUGAAGAGGCUUCUGAAGAUGGGUCACUCAUCAAAUCUCAAGACAUGGAAACCGAUUCGCCUGGCAAAAUGGACGAAAGCCUCGGGAGAUCCCGGUCACUUGCCAGGCUUCACGCUCAGCGUGAAUUUCUUCGAGCAACUGCGCUUGCUGCUGAGCGCAUAUUUGAGUCUGAGGACGAAAUUCCCACUCUUCAAGAAGCUUUCAGCAAGUUCCUUACAAUGUAUCCCAAAUACCAGUCAUCGGAGAAGAUCGAUCAGUUGAGGUCGGAUGAAUAUUCGCAUUUGUCUCCAAAGGUAUGCCUUGAUUAUUGUGGAUUUGGACUGUUCUCUUUUGUUCAGACCAUUCACUAUUGGGAGUCCUCUACAUUUAGUCUGUCUGAGAUAACUGCAAAUUUGAGUAACCAUGCACUUUAUGGUGGCGCUGAAAAGGGAACCGUGGAACAUGAUAUAAAGACUCGAAUCAUGGAUUACUUGAACAUACCUGAGAAUGAGUACGGUCUUGUCUUUACUGUCAGUAGAGGAUCCGCAUUUAGAUUGCUGGCUGAGUCAUACCCUUUCCACACAAACAAAAAAUUGCUGACCAUGUUCGACCACGAGAGCCAGUCUGUGGCUUGGAUGGCUCAAUGUGCCAGGGCGAAGGGUGCAAAAGUGCACAGUGCGUGGUUUAAAUGGCCUACCCUGAAACUCUGUUCCACUGAUUUGAGGAAACAGAUUUCAAACAAGAAGAGGCGGAAGAAAGAUGCUGCUACCGGUCUUUUUGUGUUCCCUGUUCAGUCUAGAGUAACUGGGGCCAAGUAUUCUUACCAGUGGAUGGCACUAGCGCAGCAAAACAACUGGCACGUCUUGCUUGAUGCAGGGUCAUUGGGUCCUAAGGACAUGGAUUCGCUUGGCUUGUCUCUAUUCAGGCCAGACUUUAUAAUCACGUCUUUUUACAGGGUAUUUGGUUAUGACCCCACUGGAUUUGGAUGCCUUCUCAUCAAGAAAUCAGUUAUGGCAAACCUUCAGAAUCAGUCAGGGAGCACUGGGUCUGGAAUGGUGAAGAUCACUCCUGAAUUUCCUUUGUAUUUGAGUGACUCUGUUGAUGGUUUGGACAAAUUGACUGGGAUUGAAGAUGAUGAAGUCACUGGGAUGGGUGAAAAGCCUGGUGAACCUCGUCAAGGAUCACAGUUGCCAGCCUUUUCUGGUGCAUUUACAUCUGCUCAGGUCCGAGAUGUAUUUGAGACUGAAAUGGAUCAAGAUAGCUCUGAAAGAGAUGGAACAAGCACCAUAUUCGAAGAAACUGAGAGUAUUUCAGUUGGGGAGGUGAUGAAGAGCCCUGUCUUCAGUGAGGAUGAGUCAUCGGACAACUCUUAUUGGAUUGAUUUGGGACAGAGUCCAUUGGGAUCUGACCACACAGGUCAACUGAAUAAACAGAAGAUAGCUUCCCCUCUUCCGCCCUUUUGGUUCAGUGGAAAGACGAAUCAAAAGCGACAUUCUCCUAAGCCAACUUCUAAAAUAUAUGGGAGCCCCAUGUAUGAUGAUAAAGCAGCAAAUCUUGAUCCUCAUGAUGACCACCACGUGCUUUCAUUUGAUGCUGCUGUGCUGUCAGUGUCACAGGAACUUGAUCAUGUAAAAGAGGUCCCUGAAGAGGAACAUUUUGCUGAAGCGAGUGACUUUUCAAGAAAUGGUAAUGGGUCUGAUCAUUUGUUUGUCAAUGAGAUUGAGGAAGAACCAGGAACUAGUGAAGCAGCUAAUAUUGGAUCCGUACCAGCUGUUGCUUCAAAAGGAUCACGGACUAAUAAUUCAUCUUCUGUUGCUCAGCAUCACAGCUUUGAAAAUGGCUGUACCUCUGAAAUAUCCUCUGAGAUUAAAGAGAGUGCCAUAAGAAGGGAAACUGAAGGUGAUUUUAGAUUGCUUGAUAGAAGGGAAGGGAAUCGAUAUGGUGGUGGUAGAUUUUUCGGUUUGGAGGAGAAUGAAUCAUAUAACAAGGGAAGAAGAGUCUCGUUUAGCAUGGAGGAUAAUCGUAAAGAGUGUCUUAGCCAUGCCUUGGAACCAGGGGACAUAUGUGCAACUAGCUUAGAGGAUGAAGAGUACACAAGUGAUGGAGAAUAUGGUGAUGUACAAGAUUGGGGCAGGAGGGAACCAGAUAUAGUAUGCCGGCACUUGGAUCAUAUUAAUAUGCUUGGUCUCAAUAAAACCACACUUAGACUUCGAUUUUUGAUUAAUUGGCUGGUCACCUCUUUGCUGCAACUGAAGUUGCCGGGCCUAGAUGAUAAAGCAAAUCUUGUCCAAAUCUAUGGUCCAAAAAUUAAAUAUGAAAGAGGUGCAGCUGUGGCUUUUAAUGUCAGGGACAGAAACGGGAGGCUAAUCAAUCCGGAGAUUGUUCAGAAGCUUGCUGAAAAAGAAGGAAUCUCUCUGGGCAUUGGUUUCCUGAGUCACAUACGAAUUCUUGAUAACUCAAGACAUCAUCGUGGUCCUCUGAGUCUUGAAGAUACAACUCUUUGUAGGCCAAUGGAGAAUGGUUGUCGUGAUGGAAAAGGUGGCUUUGUUCGUCUUGAAGUUGUUACAGCUUCUCUGGGAUUUCUGACUAAUUUUGAGGAUGUGUAUAAAUUGUGGGCUUUUGUUGCAAAGUUCCUUAGUCCUUCAUUUAUCCGAGAAGAUAGCCUUCCUACUGUUCAAGAAGGUUCAGAGACAUAAGAUCAAAACAAAAUAGCUUCUGGUGAUUUUAUUCAAUUUUGGAACUGGACUUGAAAAAGAUUAUUUUCAAGAAGUUUUUAAAUUGGCUAGCUGCCGGAAUCUGCAAAAGAAUGGAUCAGUGAUCUUUUGUAUGCUGCCAGAUAGACAAUUACUCAUCUCUACUUCAAAGCCACACAAGGAAAGCUGAAUGCAGAGGUCGUCUAAUGAUUCUGUCGAGGUUUGUCCUAAACAUUUUGGAUCAUUAUUUAGUACUUCGAAGAAUCUAUCUGAUACUGUUGGAGGAUGGUUUCGGCACAGAGGUUAUGGCCCUCUUCUGAUAGGCAAGCUCAGCACGACGAGCAACAAUGGUUGAAUGCUUGGAUUCAUGCAAUGAAGCCAAUUGCGUCUUUAGCCUAAGCUAAGUGAAGACAUAUAGCUGGAAAACUUAGGCCUCAGCUUAAAAAGACAUGAACGGGAUUCUGACAGGUUUUUUUUUUUUUCUUUGGAAAUUGAUAUCUGCUUGAUUUCCAGGAACUCUCCAUAUUUUGAGAUUUUAUCAGUGUAACUAAGAUAUAUUGUGAACGUGGAAGUUUCACAUCUCUUUUACAGAAUUAAAGGCGAUGGCAGCAUUGUGUUGUUGGAUUUCAAACCUUGUCAAGUCUGUUGAAUCAAACGGAAACAUGAAAUAAAAAGGAA